AUGGCGAAUCGCGAGCAUGCAAUACCGAUGCCUGCACCGCUCAUGCCGAUCGAUCACCUGCAGGUCGAUCACGGCCACAUGCAGCCUGGCUACAUGCAACCCGGCUACAUGCAACCCGGCUACGUACUGCCUAGCCGCGAUAUUCGGCCCCCCCAGUACGUAUUACAAUUGUUGGUGCCAGGACGACAACCGCAAAAUGUGACUGAACGAAGAAGGCGUUAUCGCCAACGUCGUCGAGAACGGCGGCAACAACAACAACCGCCGCCGCUGCAGCUACCACCACCACCACCACGACCACCAUCACCACCACCACCACCUCCACCGCCACCACCGCCUCCACCGCCACCACCGCCUCCACCGCCACCACCGCCACCACCGCCGCGACCGCCACAUGGCCAAAGGGGGAUGCAAAGGGGGAUGCGUGGUCGAAGAGGAGGGAGGGAGAAAAUGUAUAUUUGGAACAUUUUUUAA